AUGCCUCUAAAAAAGAAACGCUUCAAGGUAGAAUGUCUUGUUUGUCAUGCUAUAUUUGAUUCGGACUAUCGAAAGAAACACAACGAAUUGUGCCAUAGCGCUCAUUUGAAGGCUCACAAACAUAUUGGCUUCAAAGUUGCGGGGGCACCAGAUAACCCAUUUCAGGUAGGUUUGUUCUUUAAUUAUGGACAUGCCAACACAAUACUUAAAUCAUAAGUAUAAAUAUUCAUUAAAUGACUCAACAGCUUUGGUUGGACAGCUUGUGUAGGUUAUACUGUUCGCAUUUUCAACAGUCAUUAAUUUGGUUUCUAACAGGCACAGGCUGCCAAAUCUAAAGCGAGUAGCACUGCGCAAACAAAACCCACGACUACCAAUGUGCAAACACCUGAAGAAGACGAUGUACAGGAAACUAUCCCUUCUACGUCCGCGACUGAAGACUCUGAAGAAACAGUUUUAUCCUCUACUUCUUCCGCGUAUGACUGCGUGACAACAGGAUCUGAUCAAACGACUUCGACGACUAUGUCUAUUGUGUCUGACUUAAUGGAGCUUGACGAAUCCCCAUGUGACCCCAGAUCCACGACGGCUACAAAAAAUCGUAAUGAGAAAGAACGAGAUAACUCUGAAGAUGAACGUGAAUUUUCAGACAAUUCUGAUGAUGAGUUGAUAUAA